AUGGUACAAAUAGAUGCAACAAAUUUUCAAUACGCGAAGGAGGCUUCAAACUAUGUUAAAAUUUUAAAUGAUUUGCGCCGUCUUGGUGCUCAAUUUGCUAUUAAUCUUCCUACUAUCGUUUUUUGUGGAAAUCAAUCGGUGGGAAAAAGUAGCAUGCUUGAGGCAAUUUCGGGCGUUAAGUUACCUAGAUCCGAUGGAACAUGCACUCGCUGCGUUAUGGAGCUCCGACUUAUUGAAUCAGCUAAGAAUUGGUCAUGCCAAUUUUCACUGCGAAAAGAAUAUGAUGAAAACGGAAAACGCCUUAGUCAUCCAAAAGAGCUGAAAUUUGGUGAAUUAAUAGAUAACCCAGAUGAGGUCGAAAUAAUGGCACGACGUGCUCAAAAGGCCUUGUUAAAUCCUGCAGAUAAUUACGAUGCAUACCUUGAUUGGGAGUUUGGAAAUACAAGUUAUGAUGAGGAUUCUAAAUCGAAUGCUCUCAAGUUUACCAAAAAUGUUGUAUGUAUCGAAAUUAGGGGUCCCGAUGUCCCGAACUUAAGUUUAAUUGAUUUACCAGGAAUAAUUCAACAUGUUGAUAGAGCCGAAGAUAGAAAGUUUAUUGGAUUAAUAGAAGAACUCGUAAAAGAUUAUAUUAAAAAUGAUAAAUCUAUUAUAAUUGCAACGAUUACAUGUAAAGACGAAAUAGAAAACCAGCCUAUUGUCACUUACGCAAAAGAAGCCGACCCAGGAGGAAUUCGCACACUAGGAGUUCUUACUAAACCUGAUCAAAUUGAAGAAGAUACACAUGAUAUAUGGUUAAAGAUUCUGCGAGGUGAUGCUUAUAAACUCGAUCUCGGAUACUACAUCAUUAAGAACCCAUCUAAGAGACAGCUUAAUGAUGGCAUUACAUUUGAAGAAGCUAGAGAAGAUGAAAAUAGAUUUUUUGAAAAUGAAGAACCGUGGUGUCGUUUUCAUAUGCAAGAAAGGAUUGGGAUUAAAAAUUUACAAAAUAAAUUAUCUAAACUGUUAAUUAAAGCAGUUAAGAGAGAACUUCCAAAUAUUCAAAAAAGUGUUAAUGAUAAAUUAGACGAGAAAGGAGAGUAUCCAACAGCUGAUAAUGGAAACGGACCCAGUAGUUCCAGAUCUAAUAAUAGAUCUAAUAAUAAUAUAAAUCAAUUAGAAGAGAUCAAAGGAUCGGACAUAACCGAGACAAUGAGAAAUGCUCGUGGGAUAUUACUCCCUGGAUUUAUUCCUUAUCCGGCUGUAGAGAUGAUAAUUAGGGAAUGCAAAACAAAAUGGAAUAGACCUUCCACGAAUUGUUUAAAUGCUACUCACAGAAUUAUGAUAAAUUUAGUCAAUAUAACUAUAGAAAGUACCUUUUUAAGAUUUCCCAAAUUAGUAGUACUUAUGAGAAAUAAGGGACGAGGAUGGCUAGAUGAAUGUAAACAACAUGCGUCAAUUAAUAUUAAUCAUUUAUAUCAAAUGGAAUUAACGACCUAUCCAUAUACACUUGAUGAUAAAUUAAUGAUUGACUUAAAAAUGGAGUAUUUGGAAUCUCUUCGCGAAGCAGCAAAACAAGAAAUUACUAAUAAAACCCCAACAGAUACAUUAAAUGUCGUAGCAUCAGUUAUGGCGUACUUAAAAAUUGCAAUAAAACGUUACGUUGAUGUUAUCCCUUUAACGAUAAUUUAUUCGUUUAUAAAUCAAUUUAGUAAUCGAAUUAAAGAAAAAUUAAUGGAAGCUUUUGCGAAUAAUGAUGAUGAAUCGAUCAAUGAGUUGGCCGAGGAGGAUGAAAAUAUAAAGAAUCAAAGGGAGGAUUUGUUAAAUCGUGAAAAGUAUUUAAAGGAAGUGUUGAACAAGCUUGAUAACUUUGGUGUCGGUACAUCUUCAGAAAAUUAA